CGCGUCCGCUCCGGUCCGCUCCGCCAGUCCGCACCGCGCGCACGGAUCUAACCUGAUAUUUGAGUCCGGAUAUUUUUGUUUGUCUUUCUCCGGUUGUUUUUUUUUUUCUGUGAGCCAGGGUGCUUUGAAUAUCCUGAGCUGACAGUGUUCGUCACCAGUGGACUGUAAUUUGUUGUUGUUGUUGUUGUUGUGUGGAUAUUUCCAGUCAGAAGAUGCCUGCCGAUAUGAUGGAAAAAACCUCCUCCUCUCCGGUCGCUGCAACCCCGGCAAGCAUGAACACGACUCCGGACAAGCCCAAAACAGCCUCCGAGCACAGGAAGUCAUCCAAGCCCAUCAUGGAAAAGAGGAGAAGAGCCCGGAUCAACGAGAGCCUGGGCCAGCUGAAGACCCUCAUCCUGGACGCGCUGAAAAAAGAUAGCUCCAGACACUCCAAACUGGAGAAGGCGGACAUCCUGGAGAUGACGGUGAAGCAUCUGCGGAACCUCCAACGGGCGCAGAUGACCGCCGCCCUGAACAGCGACCCGACCGUCCUGGGGAAGUACCGGGCCGGUUUCAGCGAGUGCAUGAACGAGGUCACGCGGUUCCUGUCCACCUGCGAAGGCGUCAACACCGAGGUCCGGACGCGGCUGCUCGGCCACCUGGCCAACUGCAUGACCCAGAUCAACGCCAUGAACUACCCGAGCCAGCAUCAGCACCAGCACCAGCUCCCCCCCUCGGCCGGACCCAACCACCCUUCGUUCGGCCAGUCCAUGGUGCAGCUCCCCGGCUCCUCUCCGCAGGUCCUCCCCAUGAACGCGGUGUCCUGCAAAGGAGGCUCCCCUCCGGCCACGUUACCCGCAGACGCUACCAAAGUGUACGGUGGAUUCCAGAUAGUGCCUGCCACAGACGGACAGUUUGCAUUCCUUAUACCCAACGCUGCGUUUGCGCCAAACGGGCCCGUGAUCCCCGUGUACGCCAACAGCGUCAGCACACCGGUCCCGGUACCGGCGGCAGUUUCUCCCGGAGCCCCGUCAGGCAAUACGGACUCAGUGUGGCGACCCUGGUGAAAACCAGACAGCCCAUAAAGACUUUGAAUGACACUUAAUAUUUCUCUUUGUUAAAUGUUAGAAAGUUGUUUUGAAUUCGUUUUUUUCAUGUAAAAUGAUAAGAGUAUGCACUAUAUUUGUACAGCUAACAAGGGAGUAAAGUUCAUAUUGAAAUGAAA